CCAUAUUCAACGGCAAGCAAGCCAGCCAGCCGCUCUCAAGCAACUUUCGGCGCGCGGCUCUGAGAUGGCUUCAAAGUCCGUGGCUUCCGCCGCUCUCCUCCUCUCCCUCAACCUCCUCUUCUUCACUCUCGUCAGCUCCAACCACGUCCCCUGCCCCCCGCCGCCGCCGCCAAAGGCUCCCGGCUGCCCACCUUCGCCGGCGACGGCUACUUGCCCCAGAGACACCCUCAAGCUGGGCGUCUGCGCUAACGUACUGAAGAGCCUCUUGAACAUCGUCGUUGGCACGCCCCCGAAGAUGCCAUGCUGCAGCCUCAUUGAGGGCCUGGUCGAUCUAGAAGCCGCCGUCUGCCUCUGCACCGCCAUCAAAGCCAACGUUCUGGGGAUUAAUCUCGACGUCCCGGUUUCGUUGAGCUUGCUGCUGAAUUACUGUGGCAAGAAAGUCCCAACUGUCUUCCAAUGCGCUUAAUUUGUUAAGCUUAAGCAUUGUCUUCUCUCUUCUUUGUCGAACUACUUUAAUUUGAAUUGUCUUUACUACUUCGCUGUCAUGUCAUUGUGGUGUUGUCGAAGAUCGAUUCACUUCUGAUGUUGUAUUUGAAAUUUCAGUUGUUUUUUUGGUAUCGAGUGUUGGUUUGAUUAGAUGGGAGGGAUUGUCACCUUGUUUGUCGUCUCUUGCACUGAAACAAUCAGAGCUAUAUUUUGUA